GCAGCUCCACGCCACUCCUUUGUUUUAGGAAAUCGCUUGAAUCGCUCGAAGGACUGGAAUGAUGCAUCGCGUUUCUCUCGCGUUUUUCUGCGACGCCUGUUUUUAAAGGCGAACUUGACCGUUUUGCGUUUAAUUUGGUGGAAAAGCGUUUGAGGUCCGAAACCUUCAGACGCAUUGAGCGUUUCCUUCGCGUUCGCCCUCCAUGCGUUUAGACUCGUUUUUUCCCCACCGUUUUCCGCUCCACGCCACAGGAUCCUCCGAAGCGUUCUGAAGCUCGCUUGUUUUUGUGCUCGCGGUUCGAGUCUGUUGUUCGCGUCCAGGCCCGAAACAGUCGCUACGCUUCAAAGGCCUUUAAUGCGGCACUCGCGCGACACAUUGUAACGGGUUUCCACGCGUCAGAUGAGCGUCGGUUCUGAUCCAUAAAGCACCGCCGAUCCUCUGCCAGAACAUCUCGUCUUCGUUGUUCGCUCUUCAUACGCAGCGUCUGCGGCCCUCUUCAAUGUUAAUGUCGACCGACGUCGCAUCUGUAAUGCUGCCCGUGAGCCACGGGAUCCUGGAACACGACCGGGAUCUGGACUCCGGUUCGGCGGCGGUUCGGGGGAUGAAGCGCGGGGACCCGGAGCCGGAGGGCGCCACGGCGGCGGGGGAUUCGGUCGGAGCUGAAUGCAAACGAGCGCGGAUGGACGGUACCGGAGAGACCGGACAGGGUUCACAGGACACGAUGGGAGCGCCGGAAGAUGUGGUGGCUCCGUUCUCCUCCUUCCCUCCUCCUCCACCUCCUCCUCCUCAGAACGGCCUGGCGCUGGAGUUUGGGGGUGGCAGCAUUUACCCCGCAGGGGGGCAAACGGAGGCCCCAGCAGGAGCCAGCAGCACCUCCUCUAACCCCAGCGCUCAAAUGUCAGACAGCUCUACUCAGGCAGAAGAUCAGUGUGUUUCUGCCAGCGGUUCGGGUAGCAACGAGUCCUCCGAGGCCAAAGGAACCCCGAAACGCCUCCACGUUUCUAACAUCCCCUUCCGCUUCAGAGACCCAGACCUGCGGCAGAUGUUUGGGCAAUUUGGAAAGAUUCUGGAUGUGGAGAUCAUUUUCAAUGAGAGGGGCUCAAAGGGCUUUGGUUUUGUGACGUUUGAGGGCAGUGCAGAUGCAGAGAAAGCACGAGCACGUCUCCACGGGACCAUCGUGGAGGGACGGAAGAUCGAGGUCAACAACGCUACGGCUCGAGUGAUGACCAAUAAGAAGAUGGUUAGCCCGUAUACUAACGGAGAAGGUCUCAGCACGCUGCCCUACGCGGGGUGGAAGUUGAGUCCUAUGAUGAGCGCGAUGUACGCACCGGAGCUCUACGCAGUUCCAGGGUUUCCGUAUCCCACCACCGCCGCCGCAGCAGCCGCCGCAUCCACAGCUGCGACCUUCAGAGGAGCGCAUCACCUGCGGGCUCGCGGGCGUCCCGUCUAUGGAGCGGUGCGCGCCGCGGUUCCUCAGCCCGCCAUACAGGCCUACCCGGGUGUGGUGUACCAGGAUGGGUUUUAUGGAGCUACAGAACUGUAUAGCGGCUAUACCGCGUAUCGCUACACCCAGCCGACGGCGGUAGCGAGUCCCACAGCAGCGGCGGCAGCAGCAUACAGCGACAGCUACGGUCGCAUGUACACAGCAGAUCCGUAUGCGGCUGCGCUAGCGGCUUCUCCGGCGGCGGCGGCGGCGGCAGCAGCGUAUGGAGUCGGCGCGAUGGCCACUCUCUACAGAGGAGGAUACAGCCGGUUCUCGCCAUAUUAAUACACUUCCAGAUUCGCUGUCUCUCUGAAACUUCACCAACGGCUGCUGACCUCGGAGGGAAAAAUCCAAUCACACUCUUGGAAACAAAAAAAAA